AUGCGAAUUACAAGCAAGACGCGCCUCGGGCUGUACACGCCCCUCGACUGGGCGCUCGCAGCAACGGUCUACCAGACGAGAGGGUGGACCUUUCAAGAGCAAGCCCUAUGUCAACGAGCACUCUGUUUCGUCGUCAACAAAGUCUUCUUUCGCUGUGCAAGCGACGAGUUCAGCGAGGCAUGCUUAGACCAGCCAGUCUCCAAGAAGAAACACGAGUGGGAGGAGCCAUGGUCCCCGCCCCAGGCGUUCCGGCUCAAGUAUCCAGUGCGCGACUGGGAAGACAUCGUCAGCCGCUACUCUGCCCGGGCUCUCACGGACCAAAGAGACGUCCUGCGUGCCGUCGAGGGGAUCAUGCGCCGCGCGACAGAGAAGUGGAACAUCCGGUUCAUCGAAGGUACUCUAGUCCAGGCCAUGGACUUCUUUCUGCUUUUCGGAGCCGGGUUCACCUCGAUGACUGCAAGAAGGCGCCGGGAGGGGUUUCCCAGCUGGUCGUGGUCGGGCUGGGUGGGUGCUAGUCGCGUUCGUCCGAGCCAAGGACAUGUCUUCUACCAACUUCACCACUGGCUCAAGCAGAAGUGCUGGAUACUGUGGUAUGAAAGAGGAGUAGACGGGGAGUUGAGACUCUUCACAGAUCCUGUGCGCAACUCGCCAAGUGGACCUUGCUACAGGGAGCGCUUCAAAAGCCAGCUCCCUACUGACUCGGACGCCUUUCGCACUGCACCGUCCUUAUCGCCAACCGUGACACCCGUAUACUCUGUUCUGCAAUUUUAG